AUGGUCCUAGACAAGCUUCAAGAGCACCAACUGUACGCCAAAUUCAGCAAGUGCGAAUUUUGGCUGCGUGAAGUUGGAUUCUUGGGUCAUGUUCUGAUCAAAGAAGGAUUGUCGGUCGAUCCUGCCAAGAUUGAAGCCGUGACUGAAUGGCAAUCCCCAAGCAAUGUGAAGGAAGUCAGAAGCUUCCUCGGACUUGCAGGAUAUUACCACAAGUUCGUUGAAGGAUUCUCAAGCAUUGCCCGACCCAUGACCCAGCUCUUGAAGAAGGACAAGAAGUUUGAAUGGACGCCGAAGUGCGAAGAAAGCUUCCAGGAGCUGAAGAAGAGAUUGACCACCACCCCAGUUCUGGCCACACCUGAUAUUCACAAAGAAUUUGUGAUAUAUUGUGAUGCCUCACGAACCGGACUGGGGAGGUGUUCUGAUGCAAGAGGGUAG